AAACCGAAGCAGUCCACUCGCACAAAAAUCUGUCAGCAACACGUUUCUGAGGCAGACUAGCCAUGGAGGCUUUCAGAGUCUUUCUACUCUGCUUCCUGCUGGCCCACACCACCUUUGCUAACGAUGAUGACUAUGACUAUGCCAGCGAGUGUUCGACAUCUGAAACUAUCGAGGGAGGCAUGGUGGAGUACUCAGACCAGGGAAGUGAAAACAGCGUCCUAACCUACAGAUGUCCACCGGGUAUGGAACCCUUCCCCGUCAGUACCAGGACCUGCCAGGACGGAGAAUGGACCCGAAUCACCUCAGGAAGACCUGAGUGCAAAAAAGUGGAGACUACUACAACUACUGAUGAAUAUGACUAUGAGGAGGAGGAGUUCAACUGCACAACGGACGAGUCCAUCAGCAAUGGCCAUGUGUCCUACUCCAAUGGAGGCCUGAGGGGCAGUGUGUUGACCUACUCAUGCCCAGUCCACUACAUCCCUUACCCAGUCAGCCAGCGCGUCUGUGGGCCCGACGGGGAGUGGAGCUCCUUGAGGCAGCCUGGAGGAGGGAGGCCCGUGUCCAGAGCCACGUGCAAAGAGAUCCAGUGUCCAGCGCAGCUGCAGCUGGCUAACGGAGACAUGUCCCCCAGGCAGCAGUGGUUCAAGGUGGGAGAGAACCAGACCUUCUCCUGCCACUCCGGCUUCAGCCUGCGGGGGGCAGCAGAGCGCACGUGUACAGAGUGGGGUGGGUGGACAGGUGAAACCCCGACGUGUGAAGACGAGGCUGAUGACUGCCUGGAUCCUGGCGUGCCGCCGGGUGCGCGGCGUGUGGGUGGUCGGUUUCGUGUGGGGGACAAGGUAGUGUACCGCUGUGACCUGAAGAUGGAGCUGUUGGGUAGCGAGGAGCGGGAGUGCCUGGAGUCCAGGGAGUGGAGCGGAGCACCCGCCCGAUGCCAGGCAUGGUAUGGGUUCGACUCCCCUGACACGGUGGCCCAGGCUAUGGGGGGCUCUCUCUCCUCUCUCAUGGACUAUUCCUCCCCAGAGUUUAAAAAGAAAGCUCAGGGCUUUGGUAGGAGUAUCCAGAUCCACAAGGGCCGCCUGAAUGUCUUCAUCCUCAUGGACACCUCAGGCAGCAUCACCACCAAGGUCGACAAACACUCCAGAGAUCACUUCGAGGAGUCCAGGAACGCUGUCGCCAGCCUCAUCACAAAGCUGGACAGCUAUGAGGUGACUCUUAAGUUUCACAUCAUCUCCUUCGCCAGCACCGCCAGAGUCAUCGCACCCAUCACCAGCAUCGAAAGCGACCAGGCGUCCUUGGUUCUCAACAAACUUAUGAAAUUCAAAUAUGAUAGCCAUGGAAGGACAGGCACAGGCACCAACAUUCAGAGUGCUCUGAAGAAUGUGUAUGAGCAGCUGUCGUUACUGAAGGCCAGGGAUGAGCAGGCAUUCAAAGACACCCCAAACGUCAUUCUCAUCACAACUGACGGGCACUCAAAUACGGGAGGCAGUCCCAAGGCUGUACUGUCUCAAAUCCGUGACCUGUUCAAUUACACCUCGAAGGAUGACCACACUGCGGAGAGCCUUCUUGACGUAUAUGUAUUUGGUGUUGGGGAGACACUGAACAAGAAGGAGCUGAAUGGGAUCGCCUCCAAAAAGAAGGGUGAAGACCACGUGUUCAUCCUGCAGGGUUACAAACAGCUUGGAAAGGUCUUCAACGAGAUGAUCAGUGAUAAGGCGGUGAGCAUGUGCGGUGUAGCAUGGGAGGAGGUGGAGGACAGACACCUGGGCUCAGACCAGGGCCAGCCCGGAGAAACCAGGCCUUGGCAUGUCAAUGUUAAUGUUAACUGGAAUACAGGCACGUGUCAGGGCUCCCUGCUGAGUCCUUCCUGGGUGCUGACCGCAGCCCACUGCCUCAGCAAGCCCACCGCUGGAGGCAACACCAUCGCUACACCAGACAAGGUCUCCAUCAGAGUCGGUAAUAGUCAAAUAAACGCUGCGGAGCUGGUUCUACACCCGCAGUACGAUGUGAAAGGCCUCCGGUUCAAGAAGGUGAAGGAGUUUUAUGACUACGACAUUGCUUUGAUAAAGCUGGAGAAGAAUGUAUCCGUGUCCCAGCAGGCAAGGCCCGUCUGCUUGCCAUGCACCGUGCCCUCCAGUCGAGCGCUGAAGAUGGUCAACUCCACCUGUGCCCAGCAUGAGAGCACUCUGCUGGGUCUGAGUGAGACACAGGCACACUUCUUCAGUAGGACACGUGGGCAAAACACAAUGAAGAAAAUGCAAACACACAUCCAGCUGGGAGCAGAGAAGAGGCCAGAGUGUAUUGAGAAGGCGAAGGGCACCUUCUCACAGGACACCACGGCAGCGGUGACGGAGGUGGUGACCGAGAGGUUCCUGUGCACCGGAGGAACAACUGGACACACUGACGCUGUGUCCUGUCCAGGUGAUUCUGGAGGUUCCCUCUUUCUCCGUAAAGGGAUGCGCUAUUUUCAGGUUGGUGUACUGAGCUGGGGAACUGUGGAUCUAUGCAAGUCCAACAAGGACUCUGGGAAACCUCCUCCUAACGCCCGCGACUUCCACAUCAGCGUCUUCUCCCUCAUGCCCUGGCUGAGAAAACACCUCUCUCAGGACCUCGCCUUCCUGCCUGCAGACAACUGAUGUACCUUUUUGUAUAUACAUUAUAUAUUCAUAACAUUAAAAAAUGGAUCUCUUUUGCCAAUUUA